CGUGGAACUAUCUUCAGGGAUUUGUUUACAAGCAGAAGGAGGAAGCUAACGUACGGACGCAGUGCCAGCAACUCUGCUAGUUAAAACUAAAGCUACUUUGUACCCUAAGCUGACCGUUCAGGCCGCCAGCUAUGGGGAAAUCAUUCGCUAACUUCAUGUGUAAAAAGGAUUUUCAUCCUGCUUCGAAGUCUAAUAUUAAAAAGGUAUGGAUAGCAGAGCAGAAGCUCACUUUCGAGAAGAGCAAGCAGGAGGAACUUAUGCAAGCCUACCUGAAAGAGCAGGAUGUGUACAACAACAGGGUGUUGAUGGGGGAUGAUCGUGUUAAAAAUGGCCUCAAUUUUAUGUACGAGGCUCCACCUGGAGCAUCUAAAGAGGAAAGGAAAGAGGAGGGGGAAGAAGAGUACAAAUUUGAGUGGCAGAAGGGGGCUCCUCGAGAGAAGUAUGCAAAGGAUGACAUGAAUAUUAGAGACCAGCCGUUUGGAAUCCAGGUGCGCAACGUGAGAUGCAUCAAAUGUCACAAAUGGGGCCACGUGAACACGGACAGAGAGUGUCCUCUCUUCGGGCUGUCGGGUAUCAACGCCAGCUCCGUGGCCACAGAGGAGGCAGCAGGUCCGUCGAUGCACCCCUCGGAGUUAAUGGCGGAGAUGCGAAACAGUGGGUUUGCCUUGAAAAAAUGUGUCCUUGGUAGGAAUUCUACAGUUUGUGAUCCAGCACAGGACUAUGUUGCAAGUGAGGAAGAGGAGGAUCCAGAGGUGGAAUUUCUCAAGUCUUUAACCACCAAGCAAAAACAGAAACUCCUCAGAAAACUUGACCGCUUGGAAAAGCAGAAGGCCAAGAAGAAGAAGAGCAAAAAACAGAAAAAGAAAAGCAAAAGAAAACACAAGAAAAAGCAUGAUAGUAGCGACAGCUCAAGUGACUCCUCCAGUAGCAGCAGCAGCAGUAGUGAUAGUGACAGUGGCUCCGAUUUAGACAGCCGGGGCAAGUUCAAGAGCCAGAAGAAAAAGAAGAACAAGAAAAAAGAUUCCUGUCGGGAUAACAGCUCGAAGAGCGAGCCACAAGUCAAGAGUCAGAAAAGGGCCUCCUCUCACAGGAGCAGGUCAGCGAGCCCUCACACCAGACAGAGGCGGCCUGAAGAGGAGUCGGCAGAUUACAGACAAACAAGGACAGAGAGGGGAAGGAGCAGGAGCCCAGAGAACAGGAUGAAACCGGAGGGAGGUCAAGAGAGAAAGAGACACAGCAGCAGGGACAGAGAGAGACCGAGUGGCUCUAAGUCCGGUUUGGACAGAAGUAGGAGCCGCGAGAGAGGCAGGGAGGACAGAGGUAAAGACGGCCGACACAGCAGAGAUGGGGAGAGGAACAGAAGCAGCACAGAUGGAAGGAGAGGCAGAACAGCAGAUGGGAGGAGCAGAAGCAGGGAGAGGAGGAGAGACAGGGAGGGCAGGAGCAGGGAGAGGAGAGGAGAGAGAAGGAAAGACGCAGCUAAAGAAAGCACUCUUACUAUUAGACAAAACAUGAAAAUAUAAACUGUUUUGUUGUGUUUUUUGCCAUGACAUUCCUUCUCAACUAUAAGUGUCCCCCUAUUUAAAACUGCUGAUAUUUUGUGCAAUUCCUCUUUUCCUCCAGCAGAGGGAAGCAGUUGAUAGCAGAUAUGGAGAUGCAGCUCAUUGCUUUCUUGUUUUGUCCUGCGCUCUAUAAAAGGAUCUAAAUUAAUUGAUUAGCAUUGGAAACAAUUUGCAGCUAUGAUCCGUUGAUGGAAAAACAUUGGACUCAUUUUAAUGGCCAGCUGGCCGCUAAACAGACUUAUGUUGCUGCAGUUUUUAAUCUUAAUUCAUUAUUCUGUCUCUCAAUUUUGGGAAAUAUACACAUUGUAGGCUGUAAUGCGUGGACGUCUGUUGAUUCCUGGAAAAAGGCGGGAAUAUUUUCUGAUUAAACGUUUUAACAUCUU